AUGGCGACUCUCUUUGAAUUGUCGGCCUCGGAUCUCUACUCGAUUGUGAAAAAGAUUCGUCCUGAUGCAGCCACUUCAGUCAGUCCCGACGAUGCUCCAUCUUUACAAUCAAAGGUAACAGAAUGGCUUUUACUAAACAACUUUUCCACGUUGCACAAAUUCGCAAAAAGUGAUUUAAACGAUUGGGAAGUGUCACGGGAUGACGAUUGUGAAAGUUGCAAGAAAUUUAAAGAAAAACAUAAAGUGAAAACCCAAGUGAUCAUGACUCAGCCAACUCCAUUGGGAGACUUGUUGACAUUCGAUGUAAAGAAUGGAGAUCCGAUCUCACCUUCGCCCAACGAGACAUCACGCGUCGAGAAAAGUUGUGGUAUGUGGGCUCGAGAGUGCUUGACGAUGUGUUGUCGUCCACCGAAUCGCGCAAUCUCCAUGAUCUCAUCGUGUGUUCGACGGAAAGCU